AUGGCGGCCCUCGUGCACCCUGAGACGCCAUCUCCUGAGGUCGGUGCUGUAUUCAGACGCGGCCUUGCUAUCGACGUGGCCGGCAGAGCCAGUGACCAUCUCGAUGUCGGCAACAGGCAUGAUCUUGAACGACGUUCAAGACGGACUGUACGGCCGCUCGAGUCCAUCCAAUAUACACCUCCUCACAGCUCAACCGGCAGUGACAGCCACGGCUGGCAUCCGUCAGCGCCAGCCCUCACUGAGCGCAUGCCGGCAGCACUGUUCGUUCCCCGUGAGACGUUCGACGCUCUAGACUUGGCCUGCGGUCGUAUCCAGGUGCGGGAGUCAGGCUAUGGCCUCGUAGCGCUGCAGCGUCGACCUCCGCUGCCACCGGGAUGUCCUCCAUAUAUCAGCACUAAGAAGCAUAAGCUGACGGCUAGACUCGAUGAGAAGACAGAUCCUUGGAAGGGCGUCCUCACGGCAUACAGCGUUGCAUGCAGACCAGAGUCCUCCCGUCCCAGGUUUCAUCACAUUCGCGUACGAGCCCGUAUUAGGCAUGGAAAGAUGAACGAAGACCUUGCCACGGCAGAUCACGAUGGCUUCAAGACCAAGACUGUGACUCUACAUAGUACGGGCGAUUACACUCUAUACUACUAUUAUGUAGUUUUUCUACACGGCAUUCUUUCAUGGUGCGUUGCAUUCACUGUCCAAUUCCUAGCAUAG